GCUGGUUAGUGGGAUUGUCGGCAGAUAUCGCGUUAACCGAUGAUUCACUUGCGUUAACUACGUGUUUGCAGUGAGCAAUGUGAGCAUGGCUGUGUUACUCGAAAACAUAUCAAACUGCGUUUGGCUAGCUUUCGAGGCCCUUCAACAAGAUAAAUCCGGGUUCGUGAAUAAAUCUAAGUUAAAGGUCCUAACCGCCAAUAUAGGCACUCUCCUGGAUCUAUACGGUGUUGAAAAGGGUCUGGAACAUUUCCGUAGCACUUCCACACUCAACUUCGACCAGUUCAAGUACUACCUCCAGAGGGAAGUUUUCUCUUCAUUACCAGCUAAACUUCAAGUACCCGAACUUCGAAUUUACGAAACUAAAAUAGCGGAAGUAUGUUGGCUCGUUUGCAGGAAGAAAUAUAUUUCGAGGGAACACAGAAUUUUUUCGGAGCAUUCUCUUUUUCAAAUAUUCCGCAUUUUUUGUGUUUUGGCAGAUUUAGUGCCGGAUAAAACCAGUGAGAAUACAUAUCAGGUGCUGCUGCAUCCUUCUGAGGUGUGCCCAAUUGCUCAAACCUUAACAAAUUCUCUGGGAUGCAUCUUUGACGAAGAGGACUUCGCUUGUCUCAGUAUCUCCAUGGGAAAUUUUCGGCUGACUCCUUUUAUAGCAGUUCUAGAAUCCAAAUGUUUGAAUGGUGUCAAAGACGAUGUAGCAAUAAGUGAAGCUGUUACUGAUAUAUACCAAAAAAUAGUUGAAGAUGUUAUUAAAAAAGGGUUUCUUUCAAAAAAAGGCUACAUACUCCCAACAAUGAGAGAGUACUGGUUUGUUCUUAGGCCAUUUGAACUCGUUUAUUACAAAGCCAGAAAUGAAAAAGAUCGGUGCGGUUCUUUUCCGAUAGAGCCUGGAUGUAAAGUUGAACCGAAAUCUGGUUACAGAAUCUCGUUGAACACUUCAGAAAGAACUUUGGAGUUGGGUACAUCAAAUCAUAUGACUAGGCUGCAAUGGAUAUCUGCUCUUCAGCUGGCAUCUGAUCAUUCCGGAGGCUUUCAAAGUUUUCAACGACUCCAAGCAGCUAAGAGGCGGCUGCAGAGGCAAGGAAGAGUACAAGAAAUGAUUAGGGCCCGCGCACAACUGCAACAGGAAAGAAAUGCUAGACAAGCUGCAGAAGGACAGGCUAAAGAACUUGAAGCUGUUGUAAAAGAAGAAGCUAAAAAACUGACAGAGUUGGAGCAGUUGAGAGUGAAGUUGGAGAAAUUAUUGGAGGAAGAAACGCAAGCGAAGAGAGACGAGGAAAUAGUAAGGGCAUUACAAGCUAGAGUUUUGGCAGAGGAAUGGGAAAAGAGGGAAGAACUAGAAACCCUACAACAAGAGCAGAGACUGCUCUUGGAGGAGGAAAGACAGAAAAGAAGAGAAUACGAGGAGCGUCAGAGGGAAAAAGAAGAACAACUUAGAAAUGCCGAGGAACGACUUGCCCAACUUGAGAACGAACGACGAGAUUUAGACAAACAGCUCAAAACAGCGAAUGAAAAAAUGAAGUUUGCGGAGGACAAAAAAGAGCUACUCGAAGCGAAACUUUAUCAGGUCGCUCCAGUGCUGAGAGAUGGAGACAGAGUAAGGAGGGCUCAUUCCUUCGUUCCGAGCACUAAAGAGAGACCCGUUAUUUUGGAAGUGCGUUCUGCAACUCUGAAGAGAACCAACAAUAAAUCCUGAUCUAUAUUUUGUUAUAGGUCCAAUGUUUCGAGAUGUUACAUUAUUGAUUUAUUGAAAAUGCCAAUUAUUUAUUUUUUUGAAAUUCUUUCUGUAUGCAUUUUUUAUUAUUGUAGAUAAAUAUUUUAUAAAUGAUAUUUAUUCGUAGAUUCAUAACAAAACUAUUUUUCUAUUGUACAAGGCGUCAUCCCUCCAUUCCAAUACAAACCGAAAGUACA